AUGACCGCGUCCCCUCUCCUCUUCCUCGACCCAGCAGCACCCGCACCAGCGCCCAGCGGCACGGCCGCGAGCCGCGACAGCAGCAGCCCGGCGCUGGACUUCCUCACCGCCGUCACCGAAGAGGACCAGCGCAUCCAACAGGAUGACGACGACGACGACGACGAAGAUGACGGCGGCGGGGAGGACAUCGCGCGGCUCAUGGCGCUGCUCGGCCUGUCACCGCCGCAACCGCAGCCGCCGGGGGGCGGCGACAGCAGCAGCCGCGACGACGACGGCGACGGAGGCGGGUGCGACUGCAGCGGCGCCGACGGGUUCCUGGCCAAGGUCGUGGGCGUGGUCGGCCCCAAGUGCGACAGGGAGAAGGCGAGGCUGGACGCCUGGAUCCGCCAUUACCACCGCGGGGAAGGCGGCGGGUGCAGGGAGCCCGCGAGGCUGGCGCACCUGCUACUCGCCAGGGCUUCCGCCGACACGGCGGCCGUUGCGUUUCCGGCCAGCGUCAAGGACUUCUUGGACCACGAUCCGCCGCCACUGCAGUUGACGGACGAGUCAAAGUGA